UCAAAGAGUGCGUCGCGCUUAUUGUGUACAUAUUACGCCGUAAACAUAACCCUUCGUAAAUUUUUACUAAAGAAAUAUUUUAUAAUAGCAAAUAAAAACAGGCAAGUUGGUGCUACAAGUACUAUGCGAAAUAUGAUAAUUUCAAAUCUUACAAAAAUUCGUAAUUGUUCAUCGCUGCUCACUCCAGUCAAGUUUCCACAUUAUUUUUCGAGGUCACUUUACGAAGUUCAACAUAAUCCUAAAAAUCGCCUUUUUUAUGUUCAAAUUGAAGAAAAGCAAGCGACACUUAAUUAUAAAAUUGAAGGAAUAAUUAUGAAUUUACUUUCCAUAAAUAUACCAAAAACACACAAAGGCCAAGGUAUUGCAAAAUUAUUGACAAAAACAGCAUUUACUUAUGCAAUUAACAAUAACUAUUACUUGUAUCUGACCUGUUCUUAUACGCAAAAAUAUUACCUUGCUCAUAAAAAUAAACAACUUAUGGCAAAAGUCGUUGGUCCAACAGAAAUUAAGAAUUCAAAUUUUACGAAUGAUAAAAAAAAAUUUGAUGCUAUUCUAGAUCAAGAAGAUAGUACAACUGAAAAAAAAUAA